AUGCGCAUGUACGCACUUUACGACCGCGACCGCCGCAUUCUCGGCUUCUUAGUCGCUGUCGCCGCAGCAAGCGUCGUCGUCGGCUGUUGGUCGAUAAUCUCGGGGCCCAGCGACGAUAUCCCGCGCCGGCUCCCCGCAGAAUUUCCGGGCUGUAACACACUUCUCUCAGAUUCCCAGGCUUGCUGUUGCUUGGAGCGGUGUACUUGUUUUCGAUACCUGUGUAUUUUCCUUGACGUUGUGGAAGACACUCAGGUUGGGCGCAAGGGGGCAUCUGCUAAACACAUUGCUGCGGGAUGGGGCGAUAUUUUUCAUGUGCGAACGCUUCCCUUCUCCCCUCUGAAGGAGACGUGUUGA